AUGUCUAUCUGGAACGCAAGGACAGUCACUCGCAGGGCCAAGGUGGCUCCCGCCGAGAGAACAAGCAAGUUCCUGAAGCACUUCACUGGCAUCGUGGAUGACUGUGGUGCCUGGAAGGUCAACUACAAGGAAGAGGAGGAAGAGGAGGAAGAGGAGGAAGAGGAGGAAGAGGAGGAAGAGGAGGAGCAGCCGCCACAAACGCCCACCUGGGGUGAGGAGGGCAGAGCUGCUGAUCCAAAUACAACCCCUGCCUCCCCGCCCAAGCGCCCCCUGGACUUCAGGGCCACGUCGAGGAAGCUCUUCGGCUCCCACAGGUUUCAGGCCGUUGUCAUUUGCUGGGUCGUUCUGGACGCCGCCGUCCUGGUGCUGGCCGGGCUCCUCCCGCACCCGAAGAUCGGCCAGCCCGACAAGAAUAACUACGCUGCCAGGGUGCUCCACUACCCGAGCAUAGCCAUCUUGACCUUUAUGAUGGAGAUGGCCUUUAAAAUAUUUGUUUUCUGCUUGGAGUUCUUCCACCACAAGUUUGAAAUCCCGGAUACCACCAUCGUCAUGGUUUUGUUUGUUGUCGACAUCAUCCUCCUGCUCCGGGAGCACGGGUUUGGGGCUCUGGGCCUGCUCCUCCUGCUCCCGCUGCCGUGCGAGGCCAGGAUCAUCAACGGGACAAUUAUCUUGGUUAAGACACGUUCCCAACGGCAACAGCUAAGGUUAAAACCAAUGAAUACACAACUGGACCCCAAGAUCCAACACCUGGAGUUCAGCUGCUCCAAGAAGGAAUGGCAGAUGGAAAGACUUAACAAGCUGCUGGCGACAGCACAGACUGCUUAG